AUUCACUGAUGUAGGCAGCACAACUUCCUUCAUUCCUCGCCCUAAAUUCUCCUGUUCCGCUCCAAAUUCACCACACGCGGCAUGGCUUCCCUUUCGCUCCGCCCAUGUCUUCCCAUCUCCCCUCUCUCCCACGCAUCUAAGCCCACGCGCCUCCCCAAUUUACUUCUUCUUCCCGCUUCUUCAUCUUCCUCUUCGCCGUUCUUCACACUCGCCGCCGCCAGAAAGAGACCCGCCGUGUGUGGCGCCGCGGUCACGGACGCCGAAGCUGCUGUUGCUGCUGCUCCGAUCAACGAUCUGACGGAUGACGGAGAACGGAGGGCCGUUUUGGAUCCCACGGCGGAGGAGGAGGUCGGCGAUGGAGCCGCGGCGGAGUACGACUGGACGGAGGAGUGGUACCCGCUGUACCUGACGCGGAACGUGCCGGAGGAUGCUCCAUUAGGGCUCACCGUCUUCGACAAGCAGCUGGUGCUGUACCGGGAUGGAGCCGGCGAGCUCCGAUGUCACGAAGAUAGGUGCCCACACAGGCUAGCAAAGCUCUCUGAAGGCCAAAUAAUGGAUGGCAGAUUGGAAUGUCUUUACCAUGGCUGGCAAUACGAAGGGGAUGGGAAAUGUGUGAAGAUCCCUCAGCUUCCAUCAGAUGCCAAGAUUCCUAGAUCAGCAUGUCUAAAAACAUAUGAGGUGAGGGACUCACAGGGAGUUGUAUGGGUGUGGAUGUCUUUGAAGAAGCCAUCAACCCUGAAAAAAAUACCAUGGUUCGAGAACUUCGAGCGUCCCGGGUUUCGAGAUUUUUCGACUGUUCACGAGCUUCCAUAUGACCACUCCAUACUUCUUGAGAACCUUAUGGAUCCUGCUCAUAUACCAAUCUCCCAUGACAGAACUGAUUUUACAGCCAGAAGGGAAGAUGCUCAGGCGCUAGGAUUCGAAGUUACCGAGCGUACAGAUCGCGGUUUUGCUGGUCGGUGGGGCUAUGCUAAAGAUCAGCCAUUGCCAAACUUCUUAAGGUUUGAAGCACCUUGUGUUCUUCAUAAUAGUAGGGAAAUUCCCAAUGAGAAAGGUGGGAAAUAUUUUUUUUCAGGACUUUUCCUCUGCAGACCCACAGGCCAGGGGAAAUCAAUGCUUAUAGUGAGAUUUGGUAGCACAAGACCAUCUUCUUUUCUAUUAAAAUUGCUGCCUUUAUGGUUUGUGCACCAAAAUGCCUGCAAGGUUUUCGAGCAAGAUAUGGGAUUCCUUUCUUCCCAAAAUGAGGUUCUAAUGAGAGAAAAACUGCCCACCAAGGAACUCUACCUCAACCUCCGAUCCUCCGACACUUGGAUCGCCGAGUAUCGUCGCUGGAUGGACAAGGUCGGGCACGGGAUGCCGUAUUACUUCGGACACAGUACGAUUUCGUUGCCCGAGCUGCCAGCCGUUGUCGAACACGCCCCGGUGGGACUACUUGCUGGAGCUUCAGCAUCUACACCGGCCAAGGGGGGAAUCGGGACGAUGCACGCUCCGAAUCUGGCGAAUCGGUACUUUCGACAUGUCGUUCAUUGUAGAAGUUGCAGCAAUGUAAUCAAAGCUUUUCAAAUUUGGAACAAGGCUCUUUCUGCCAUGGCCAUCGCAUUGGUUGCUUUGGCAAUUUUGGUGAGUGGAAGGCAAUGGAAGGCCCUCAUUCUUCUGUCAGCUGCAUCGUGCUCUGGUGGAGCUUAUGCUUGCUCAGCCAUUGUUGCAUUAAAUACAACUAAUUUUAUAAGAACUCACAGAAGAUUGUAAGUGAUAUGGUUCAUAAUAGGGAGAUCAAAAACUUUGUGUGUUUCUGUUUGUAAAUUUCAAUAGAACAGAGUGGUAGAAUAUAUAAGGAGGUUCAGUUUCAUGAU